AUGGAAGGAAACAAGCGGCUCAUGCAAGUCAUCCAAGAAAUGCGCUCUGAGAUCAUCAAGCUAGAGAGGGAAAACAGAGCUCUUCGUGGGGAACUUAAAUUCAGUGGGCAAAAGGGACCCAAGCAAGAGGAAGGAGCAGGAGAUGAAGCCAGAAAAGAGGAAACCCGGAGCCUUACGGAUGUGGGUGAUGAGACCACUGGUUCUCCAGUGGCACUGCGCAGGAAUGUCUCAGCUGACUCAGCUCUGAUGCUACAGGAACAAAAAGGUAAUAUUAUGACUGUCAGACGUUAUUCCAUCUCUUCAUCUGUGCCUUCGCUUUCUGGCAACAAGCAUUAUAAACCAGACAAGAGGAAUCCAUUCAAGGGAGCCCUUGAAGUAAAGGGGAUAAUCAAACCAACAGCCUUUCCUACAGAUGUACAACUAACCAACAAAGAAGAGAAAGGAUGUUCAAAAAUCCCAUCGGAUUCCCUCUCCAGCAAUACUUCAAAUAAACGGCGAUCUUUCAAAGACCAUGUUUACAAAUGCAGGGGUAAAGUAAAGGCCGUCAGUUUCUUGUUACCAGUGGACAUGUCACCUUAUUCGGAAAAUCAAGGUUCUUUCACAUGCCCACAAAAUCAGAACACAAAACAGUUAAGCACCAUUAUUGAAAAGGACAUGUGA